UAUCAUUCAUCUGCUUAUUUCUCUUCUUCCAUAAAAAAAUAUAUCCUUUCUUGUCAAUUUCAUCUUUUCUGGUUACUUUACUUUGGAAAUUCAGUAUUUCUUUCGACACAGGAAAGGCCUAUUUUUAAGAAUGUCAACUACCAAAAUUCCCCUAAAGAAAGUCAACAAGAUGACUUAUGAGGAAUUCAUUCAGUGCUUUGGUAAUGUCGUGGAGCACUGCAGCUUGUGCGCCGCAGCAGUUUGGAGGGAACGCCCAUUUCACGAUGCGCAACACAUCGCAAGUUCCUUUGGCGAUUUCAUAGAUCGACUUCCGACGAGUGGCAAGGAAGGAAUUCUACGCCUGCACCCUGAUCUCGCGGGAAGAUUGGCACAAUCGGGUCAGCUGACAUCUGAAUCCACGCGAGAACAGAAAAGUGCGGGACUGGACAAUAUGUCGGAAGAAGAACGCCAGCGAAUGAGCGUUCUAAACAAGAGGUAUAAAGACAAAUUUGGUUUCCCGUUCGUCAUCUGUGCAAGGGAAAACAAGAAAGAUGCCAUUCUCAAAGGACUGGAAGAGAGACUGCAAAACUCACAACAGUCGGAGGCCAUAACAGGGGCGAAUGAGGUGAAGAAGAUCUGUCGGCUACGUAUACUUGACCUUGUGAACUCUGACACUCAGUCAACACAGAGUCCGCUGUAAAAAAUAAGUAA